ACUACAUUAUCUUUUGUCAAAUUGGAGCUUCAUUCCUUUAAUCCGAAUCCUAAUACUUUCUGAACCACUAAUUAUACUCUUAACAAGAUAUGUAUCACAUCCAGACUAAUUCUUCGCUCGGUUUUACACAAGAUACAAAAUAAAGUAAUUUUCUGGGGACAGAAAACAAGAUGAUAGUACUAAGUACAAAUGUUUCAUUCCUUGAUAAGUGUACAUUUGCAUAUGAAUGACUUUAUAGUUUAUAUAGUUUAUGGUGAUGAGUGAUGACACCAUACUAGAUGCCAAUAUAUAUGAGUAUAUGACUUGAUCAUUUUCUUUUUCCGUUCAGAAAAAUGUUACAAUAAUAAUAUGUCAAUGAACAAGUUAUAAAAUUGGGGAGUUAGGGAAAAAGAUGAUUUUGAUUUGGUAGACGUGUCAAGUGGGGUCCAACUAAGAGAGAGAUUGUUUCAUAUCCAAAGCAGAAGUGCUCCCAUAUAUAAAAAAAGGGAAAAGCAAAGAAAAGAGGUUAGUGGGGUGGAUUCAUGGUGGUGGUGGAAGUGGAAGGAGGAAAGAAAGAAAUAGGGAUGGUUUGGUGCAGGAAGAGCUAGUAUCUUUCUUUCAUUUGGUGGGGAAGGAGAGAAGUGCUACUAGAAUUAAAAAGACUUGAUUUUGCAUCCAACCCAAGUAGCAGAAGAAGUUUUCCUGUCAGCCUUGGUUGGAAUUUUAUGCCCUUAUAGGUGUCUUUUUAUCCAUGCUUUCUAAAUUUUUACUCUUUCUAAGCUUAAGCUAGCUUUGCUUGCUUUUACCUCUUUGUAUGGAUGAUUUGUUCUUUUCACUGCCCACCUUUACUGUUCUCUUGCCUGUCUUUUCACUGACCUCAAUCCAUAUUAAUCAGUAAGUUUCUGGUUUCUGCUGAUUCAAAACUUCAAGAAUUGCCAUAGUUUAUGAAAUUGCUAGGAUUCGGGGCAUAGAGUAAUUGUAAUUUGAACUGGGCUUUUUGUUCAACUUUUCAAGGAUUCUGCUCAAAAUACUGACUUGGUUACAGCUUCAGUAGAACACACAGCGAAGAAAGUGUUGCAAAAUUAAUAUGCCUUAGUUUUAUAGCGGGGGUUCAUUUGAUUCUCUAGUAUCAUGUCAUGUCGAUAGGCAAUGUUUCCGGGGAUUCGGCGCAGAAAGGGUUUGGAUAUUUUCUUGAUUUAUAUGCAUAAGGGAAGCCAAUGGUGGCAGGCACCUUGUAAACCUUGUUCUACAGCAUAGCUUUUUCAACAGUAUUAGCUUGCAGUUGCUGUCUUGUUCCGAUUGUUGCUUUCUUAACUCAGUUGAAGGUUUUAUCAUCUAAGAUGUCAAAGUAGGUUUACUUUUUCUGGUCUCAACAUUUAGUAUUAUUAUUGGCUCAUUUGCUGAUGUUAGAUCAUUGUCUAGAUCAUUUUCUAUUUUGGCUCAAACGAGGAUUUUUCUUACUCAAAAACUAUGGCUUGUGAUGUUCUUCAGUUUUAUUCUCUGUUUCCAUUUAAUUUGACAUAAGAAUUGAUUUAUCCAUCAUGACUUGAGCAAGGUAAAAUUGAAUUAAACUGUAUUUUGCUUUCUUUUGUAACAGAAAUCACAGGCUUUGAUCUUGGCGAAUAAGAAGUAGUUAAAGUAGCGGUUAUUAGCCAGGAUGCAAACCUCUUCUAACAAAGGCGGUCAAUCAUUAACACCCCUUUUCAUUACUUGCUCUUCUCUGUGGAACUCAACUGAAGAACCUAAGUAUUCUCCUUCCAAGAGCACUAUUACUGCACAGGAAUCAUCUCUGGAUGAUUUGCAUCCUCCGAAGCAGUCUGAUUCUCCAAAUCAAGAGCAGGAUGCAUCAUCAACUUUAACAAGCAGUCACUCCCAUUAUGGAACUGGCGAUGCAGCAAGGAACAGCCCUUCUGUUCAAAAUAUCGGCACUCAGCAUGGUAGUGAUGAAACUUGUGAAAGGCAUGGAGAUCCAUAUCAUAGGUCACAUUUUCUGUAUGGCAACACUGAAUAUGGAUUUGGUCAAGUUCCACAGGAUUAUAAGAAAGCCACGGCUUGCAUAACCUUCCCAUGCUCCGAAUCCUACUUUGGAGGUCUUGUAUCUGCUUAUGGGCAAAAUGCUUUUAUUUAUCCUCCAAUGGUGGGGUUGACACCCGCAAGAGUUCCUCUUCCUCCGCUUGAAUGUGCAGAAAACAUACCUAUGUUUGUUAAUGCUAAGCAAUUCCGUGCAAUACUCAGGCGAAGGCAGAUACGUGCAAAGCUUGAGGCUCAUAACAGAAUUGUAAAAUCCCGAAGGCCCUAUCUGCAUGAGUCUCGACACGUUCAUGCACUAAAGAGACCUCGGGGUGCUGGAGGACGCUUUUUGAAUACCAAGAAUAUUAAGCAACCGCAGCUUUCUGCCCCAAGUCAUCACAAAGACAUUUCUGAGAAAAAGUUUGGAAAAGUGUCUGCCGCAGAGACACGGUACUCAGACUGUGGAAGUUGGGGAAUAUCCACACCAUCUGCUUCCGAUGUAACAGGCAUCUUUAAUGGCGGUGACAUCUUCCAGCAACAAGGGGUGAGGGUCCCAGUGUCCUCUUACCGCAUGGGCAUCCCCGUUCGGGAAGAUUUUCCGCAUUUAGAAGCUGGCAAUCGGCUUUUCUCAUUCAUUGAUGGACGUGCGCAGGAUUGAGCACUGCAGAGCUCUCUUGUGUCACUCUCAAUGGAUAUUUGGCAGUUCAUCCUUGGCUAUUUUACUACUGCUUUCUUAGGAUUUGGAAUAAGAACAGUGACUGACUGACUGACUUUUGGGGUUUGUAAUUUGUGGCCUUUUGACUCUGUUCAUGCUUGUGGCUUCAAGAAGAAGCACAGUUUGCUGGACAGUGUGUGGCUUUUCGAAGUGUUUUGAUUGCAGUUUGUUCCGAAUAAUGAAUCGUCAGAACUGAGAUGAUGAAAAGGAAAUAUUGCUAGUUGUGCAAUCAUUUCCAUGUAUUUGUGUCAAUGGGCUUUCAACCUUGUUAUGUGUAUUCGAACGUUAUGAUUGAAAUAGGGCCGUUUUUUCUGGAAAUACCAACUGUAAGAAGUAGAUUAGAGGGAUGAAAUCAGAGCAAAUUGUAAAUUACACCCGCCCAAUUAUGCACAUAAUGCAAAUUGCUCCCACAACUCAGUCUAUUAACGAUAUUAAUUACUUUUUCUGCCUUGAAAUUAUUAUCUACGAUC